AUGUCUCUGUUAAUGUUUGUUUUUGUAUGGUCUUCUGGAGAACCACAGCAGAGAUUGGUUGAUGAAACUGUCUUGGAGCCAUCUGGAAGUUCAAGUGAAGAUGAUUCUGAAGCAACUCAAUCUGAAUCUGAAUUGGAUCCAACGACUCUUGGAAGAGGGAAAGCUCAGCUGAAAAAGAAACCUUUAAAGAAGAAGAAAACAUCUGAUGAAGAAGAUUCACCUUUUGAACCGGAUCAGCCAAAGAAACAAGUAAAGAAACGAAAAGCAGUUCAAGCUGGAGUAAUUCCAAGGAAUGUUAGAGCGAAGAAAUCUGGAGCUGAACCACAUAAAGAUAAAGGUGGAAAGAAAGAGAAACACAUUCAGAAGACACAAGGUGUUGAGGUACCAAAAGAACCUGAAGUGGAAUCAAUAAAAGAACCAGUAGCUGAAAGAGAAACUGGUGGUGAUGAUUACGUAGAAGUCACUGGGUUCAAAGCUGCUAGUCCACGUCCUCCUCCACAAGACAAACCAGAAUCAUCUCAACAGAAAGAAAAAGUUGAUUACAUGUUUGAAGGAUUUCCAGAAGCAACAGGAAUUUACACAGAAGAUAUUCCCGAAGAAGACUAUGACAUGUUCAACGAUCAAGCAGUCAAAGAAUUGGUACAAAAGGUCAACAAGCUGGAAAAAGAAAAAGCUAAAAUAGAAUUAGAAUGUGAUAUUCUGAAGAAACAAGUAGAUAAUCUCAUGAAAGCUCAUAAUUAA